CGCAAGUUACUAACUGCCACUGCCAGUGAGAUAUAGAUCACGAUUACGUAACUGCACACUCUGGCAGCAACUUAUGACCUUCCUGUGUUUUGCAACUGCGAAUGUCUUCUACUGAACGUUCGCUGAUCGGUUCUGUAUUCGAACGCAAGACAUCUACUGCCCAAAGCCUACCCUCUCCGAGGUUUGCAAAAACUCCUGGCUCAGGUUUUCCAGUUGUUCAGCAUAGGUCAAAAAGCGCCUUUGCUCGCGCAAGAGAAGAGGAAAAGAGCAGCAGCAAUGCAAGGCCUACGACCGUACCCUUCGUAAUACCUGCGCGUCCCGCCGAACAAUCUCAACCUCGAGAUCUUGAGGUGGAUUCACGAACCACCGAUGAUGCUAUGCGUCAGCAGAUCAGUGAAGACAACGAUCGCCGACUGGCCAAUAUGACUGAAGAGGAUCGAGAACAAGAGAGACGGGAGGUUUUAGAGCAACUGGGAAGUGGUGCAGGUGCCCUUCUGGAGCGUGUACGCGCUGCAAGGUUAAGAAAUGCAACGAAGCCUCCCGCUAUAGCUGGGGGUAUGCCUGUACAAUCCGAGCAGGCCCCAGAUGUCUCCCACGAAAUUCCGAUCGUUGCUCCGCUACCAGGGCUUGCCGCCAGACGCAAUUUAUCAAGGGUCAAGAGCUUGGAAGAUUUCGGGAAAAGAGCUCCUCCAAUCCUGGUGAAAAGCAGUACUAGACCUUCGUCACCAAGUAAACCCAGUCGCCAACUUCGCUUUGCCGCAUUGACGCCUGCUGAUGUCUAUGUGUAUGAGUCUGCCCCGGUGUCUCCCAAACGAAAGGCCAUAGCUCUUCCUCCGCCUCCAGAUGCUCCAGACUCCUCAAUUGUUUCUCUGGGUACUUUUAAAGAGAAUCGUCUGCCGCGGAAGCGACCACUUUCUCCUACUACAAGUCCUAAGGCUGAUGAUUGGCCUGAGCAGAAGAUUGCCCAUGAUAGAUCGGAGCUUGAAGAAGGCACCCCAGAAUAUAUUCGGAGACGAUACUUCCCAAGUGUACCUGCAGACAACCCAUCCAUGUCUUGGAUGAAACCUUCGUCAUCCAAUUCGGAGCCUGUUUUGCUUCGCUUCGAUCUGACGGGUGCUCCCAUACCUGCAGAAAUAUCUGCCUCUCUGCCUUCUCAUCUGGGCUUGCACCACCAUGCAGAUGGAGAUCACGCAGGAUACACUCUUGAUGAUAUAUUUUUGUUGUCUCGCUCCACUGUCCCUGCGCAACGCACCACGAUGCUUAAUAUUUUAGCUGGCAUUACGCGCCGGUUGGGCGUGCAAGCCAGGGACCCCUACUACGCAGACAGGAUUUUAGAACUUCAAGGAAAGGAGGAAGAACUGCGAAAACGUAUUCUCGCCGCAGGACUCUCCGCGAUGAACGAGAAGGGUGGCGUCGGUGUCCGGGCGAUUGAGAUCGUCUGGGAGUGUCUUGUCGGCUGGGACGCCCUCUUUGAUGCGGAGCAUGCCGAGUUGAAUCUCGCUCCUGCCAUCAUGUCCACUUUGCAGGUACCUGACUUCCUUAUCCAAGCAAUUGAGCUCUUCGCACAAGCAUACUUGCCCCCUGAAUCCCUGGCCCAACUUCUGUCCAUUAUCUAUCGGUUAUCGCAGGAGUCAAAUACUAUUGCUGAAUCAAUCAUGAAGACCCCUCGGUUGCUUCCAACCCUAAUACAGACAUUCCUUCUUACGCCUAUACCACCACCGUCAGACACACCCCUACCUAACCCUGUCGCCCUCCGGUGCCUCACUGUCCUUGCGUCAUCCUCUCGCACUAGCGCUUUGGCACUAUGUGAGCCAGCCGAUGCACUUCUUCGCUUUAUUACCAUGCUGCCUCCUGCCUCGCCCUUCCCUGAGCCCCUCGCAACAAACCUGCUCACAGAAACCCUCCGCCUAUACACCACUCUUGCCUCAUAUGGUCUGUAUUCGCACAUAGCGACAUCUGCCGCUUCCUACUUUGAUUCUUUGUCGACAUAUGUUGUUUCAUCCAACUCAACACUGCUGAAAGUGGCAUGGGCAGGACUUGUGGAAGCAUGGAUAGUCUGCGCAACGGACCCACAUCGCACGACUCCACCGCAUGAUAUCUUGUGGAGCCAAGUGACUAGCUGGGGCUGGGGUGCCGAGGUACUUCAGCUUCGCCAGGGAAUAACUGAAGGGGAGGCGGGAGUGUGGGCUGCCAUCUGGUGUGCUUCGUCUGCGUGGCUCGAAGGUGCUCGGGUCAACGGUAUCAGGGGAGGAGAGAGAGAACGCGUAGAGAUUCUCAAAACUAUCCGGGACGGGUUUACCCAAGGAGUUGAACAUAGCGUAGUGAGGGCUGCCCUAGAUGCUCUACUUACUGAACUCGCACAGAUACACGAUACGCCACUAUCGGAGCGGUAUCAACGCCUGCAGCGCAUUGGCAUGCAUGCGCGUGUGCUUUCCUCUGUAAUUCGCCUCUGGCUUGCAUGUACACCUACCGCAAACACCGACGCAAACACAGAUGCUCCACUAGGUGCCCCGCCGUUUAGCCUUCCUUUUGCCGAGCUAUCGUCUUUCUGUGCCCUCCUCGUUUCGCAUCCACUUUGGUCGCUUGUUGCUAGGGGUGUCGAACAAGCUGCCUGCAAGUCCCUAGCGACAUUUUUGGCAUAUUUCCAUCGGUUAUCGCGACAUAUCCCAGGGACCUCGCCUGACCUCUGGGUAGCACAGGGUGUGGCAAUCCUCGAAAGGCAGCUACCUGGAGAAGAAGAGCACACUUUUCAGGUCAUUCAGGCUGUUUUAGCAGUCCUCACGCCGCAAUUCCUCGGUACGAUGGCACCCUCUAGCAUUUGGGAGAAGGGCGGAUGGACCGUGAUCAAGCCUUUCUUGGAUUAUGCAAUUUGCCCGAACCAGGAGGUAUACAUUAGCCCCAGCGACGUCACGCCAGAGUCAAUCAUGCGGUGCACUACCCUUCGACUUCCAUCGUCCAGCCCGUCAUCCUCUAUCCCCGAUGAGCAUCGCCCAACAGGCCUUCCGUUGCCUCAUGGGUGGCUUGCCUCACCAAUUGACCAUCUUCUCCGGUCCGGGUCUUCGCCCAUAUUCAAGGCACUUCCUUCCGCAUGGGACGCAUCGGAAGUUGAUAUUGUUCGCACAUCGCUGCUGCUUGUCAAAGCAUUUCAAGAAAUUCUAUUGCGAUACAGCUUGAGCCAGUUCGCCCUGAAGCGUUCAGAGGUGGUCUUUACUUGCAUGAAAGUGUUCAUGCUCGAACACGGCCAGCAGCAGGAAUAUCCCUCGCCAGCUACAGGAGACGAAGAGGAAGUGUUUCGGGACCUCAUUGUUUCGAAAUCAAUGUCUGACCUCCUUGCACCGUUCACCCUCGGUGCUGCCACCGCUUCGUCGCCCUCAUCCAAAUUGGUUGACAUUGACCUGGAGCAGGCCUCUCUCCCAUUCCUCGGAUCGGGCACGCCUUUUUACCAGUUUUAUACAGACUUCCUGGCACUAUACGAUGCCAUCUCCUUCUCGCACCCGACCUUUGCCUCCCUUCUACUCCCACCUCUUGCGCUAACCUACCCCAUCGACUAUCGCCGGUUGCUAUGGGCAGACUUUUCACAUGUGCUGCGUACCGUGCGCACCCCUGUAGAUCAGGUCAUCGCAGGAGAUCUCAGAGAUUUCCUGUACCCUGUAGAGAGAGGCGAAAUGAUCGGAAAAUACGUUGGUCCGCUUCUCCAAGGGUCAGUGGACGGAUUCCUGCGCCUCGUUGCAGUACACCACGUAGCGUGCAAUAUCUGGCCUGAUCUUCGGUCCGAAGAAGUCGGUGUCGAGCAGGAGGAUGCGGGCAAGAAGCUGUUGAUGAUGGUGGUGGAGAAAGGAGAUGGACGUACUGUGUAUGAAGUGCUGAGGUACCGACAGGGUCGUGGAGAAACGGUCAUUUAUCCCCCUGCUUGCUUUGAAGCGAGUGGGGAGUGGAUAGCAGACCGAGCGGGAUUUGCUCAGCAGGUGUUGGGCAGCGAGUUGCAUGAAAGACUUCAGGGCGUGUUUUAUGGGUAGAAUAUUGGGUGUUCAAAUGCGGUAUAUAGCUCAGGCGGGCUACGGUAUAUAGAGUACAUCUCGGUGGUCCGUGUAUUGUUUAUUGCACAACGAUAAAAACACUGUUUUGCAUCCCGACGUGGG